AAAUCCCACGUGCGACAAGCAUCGUCAUGACCAGUCCACAACCAAGGAGUCUUGGAGUUGUGGUCACACGGAGUGGAGCGGCGGCACAGCGUAAUCGAUUGUCAACCCACCGGGUCAGCUCCAACUCUACCUCCUCUACCUCAUCGUGUCCUGACAUUGGAGCAGCAGCUCUAAACAGCUUCUUAUAUAAUCCUUUGCUCUGACCAUAUUUUAUUCUCCAAACACCACGUGGUCAGACUGCGAUCAUUUCUGGCAAUGGUUCAUCACUCUUGAGCGCAACAAGCGUCCCGAUCCAACGAACGACCGCCUCUAUGCGAGCGGUAUUGCCGGGGACGCCCCCAGCGAAGCUCCAGUCCUUUAGCACUGCGCUGUGGGACGGUCUUCGCGUUGUUGUGUACAUUUCCGGCCAUGCACUGGUGAUCCUCGGAGGUCCGCAGAAGCUUCUCCAAACAAUUUACGUCGACGACACCGAUUCUCUAGAGGCAGUUACGAUCGAAGAAACGUCUGGGAAGAUAGCCGUGUGUGGAGGACCAGAUGUCUUUAUUUACCAGCCAUAUGGAGUUAAGGAUGAAACAUUAAAGUGGUCUCUUGCUCAUACCUUCCACUGCGACGAUGACGACGAGACGAUCCGUACGCUGUCGUGGGGUUCUCCGGACGAGUUACUCCUGGGCAACUCCCAUCUGACCCUCUGGUUUCUAAACGACGAGCCACGUCUAGUGUGGAAACGGGAGCUUGCGAGCCCGGUGAAAUUUGCGCAAUUCUCCCCCGACGCGACACUGGUUGUCACCACGGGUCAUUACGAUCGCCUAGUCAAGGUAUGGCGACGGAUCGCCUUUGGCGCAGAUGAUGUCCGGUUCGAAGUAUCAUACCUCCCUCAUAAGGGAAUUGUUACCGGGAUACAUUGGCGCAAACCAUUCCACCGGGAACAGACGAUGGAAAAUGUUCUCUACACAACGGGUGCGGAUAAUAAGAUACGGGUAUGGGCAGUGACGGACCACCAGGCCUUGACACCUCUCCACCUAUGGGGGAAGAUUGACAUGGGGGCUUCUCUUCAGCCGAGGCAUACAAUGGAUGUGGACAGUGGAUCGCGACGAUACGGGUUCAUUCUAGACAGCCGCGACUUUUGCGUUGCUACAGAGCGGGCCGUGCAGCGAGGUACAGGGAACAAAGGGAACCAUGCCCUGGAACACAUCAUAGAGGUUGCGAACAAAGUCCCCGAGAUAUGCGUUGUCAUAGAUGAUCAUGGUCAUAUGUCUGCCUGGGCUUUAGAGGAUGUCGGUUCCAAAACCAGGACUGACCUCAAUAUCUUUAAUAUCCUUCAUGUGGAGAACUUGAACUUCUCAUUUAUGUCUGGGCUAUCUGCAGAAGAGGACUAUACUCAGCUGUGUGCGUUCCAGAGUGAAACUUCCACAGACGCGCUCGCCAUCCUGGUACACCACUUUGAUGGUAGGAUCGAGUGGUUCGACUCGCCAGUUGAUGUCUUAUUUGACCCGGCACCGCGCAGUGGGCGAAUUGCUUUGAGGGGGUUCUGGACUGGACAUAAUGGCCCAAUCAAGAAAAUCGUUCGCAAUGCCAUUGGAGACACGCUUGUCUCUCGUACUGAUGACAACAAAGCAUUGAUCUGGAGACAGCGACGUAGGGACAGCGGGUCUGUACUUGUCCGCAAGAGUUCCUUAUUCUCAGACGAGCAUAUCCACCGUACCUGUGUGGUCGGGAAUGGGGAUUUCUUGGUUAAUCUCCAUCAUAAUGGAAUCUCCCUAUGGGACAUUCGCUCAUUCCACGCGAAGAGAGUUGCUGCCUCGACUUUCGAACUAUCAAGCAAACCCCUUUGCGUACUACCAAUCCCUACUACUGAAACGAAUGCAGAAGCGAUAUAUAUAGCGACCAUUGGGGUUGAUAUGAAUGGGAUAGCCUGGGAGGUCCGGCUACCAACUACUAGCCACUUGAACGGUGAUUCUUCAACUCCCAAGUGUGAACUGCGAAAGUUCUGUUCUUUCAACCUGGGUCUCAACGAAGACAUAUCUUAUAUCCUACCCGUCGACCCUGCUGGGCCAAAGGCCAAGACCUCCGAAUUUUUUGAUAUAUUUUCUCCUGAUAUCGCACUGACUUAUACCCGGAGCGGUAUCGUUCGGACUUGGACGGCAAAGGUCGACAAAGUAAAUAGCCGAGCUGAAUGGUUAUUGACCUCGACGAUUGAAACAGGUAUUGAGAAUAUAUCGCUGGCUAGCGGAAGCUCCAUUAGAAAGGCUGCACUCGUGGAUGAGGACCGAACACACUUGACGAUCUGGGAUACAAGCGGUGCUCAGUUGGAAUUUGAGGAGCGCUUCUCCGAACAUGAUGUUAUCCGUGACCUCGACUGGACGUCGACACCGGACAUGCAAUCGAUUUUGGCGGUCGGCUUUCCUCACAAGGUCAUUCUACUAUCCCAGCUUCGUUAUGAUUAUCUGGACUCUCGUCCAUCUUGGACUCAAGUACGGGAAAUUCGAAUUAGGGAUCUAACGCCUCACCCAAUCGGGGAUUCUUGCUGGCUUAGCAACGGUAAUCUGGUCAUUGGUUCUGGAAACCAGCUUUUUGUGUAUGACAAAGAUAUUGAUGCCGGAGACCGUCUCGUUCAUGAACUUCGCAUCCCGACCCGAGGCCUGUCAUCUGUUGACCUCUUCGAGGUCGUGAGUCGGUUGAAUGGCCCAUUGCCUGUCUAUCACCCACAGUUUUUGGCACAAUGUAUACUCGCUGGGAAGAACAAUCUGGUGCACUCGGUUCUGAUGGCUCUUCACCGAAAAUUGAAAUUCUACACAGAAGGCGACCCUAUUGAUGGUUUCUUGGAAAUGCCACUGGAAAAUUUCUAUGCGGAGCACGACAUCCCCCAAAAAGCAUCUUCCAAAGAAAUGCAAUCGUAUGCCGAUGUUUCUAUUGAAGAUGAAUCAUCAGUGGUGGACGAGGGUAUCGCGGCAGCUAUCAAUGAAAACCUGACUCGGUUCGCCUUGCCACAAUUGUCCAGCCAGGAGCAAUUCCGCUUGGCUGAUACGAUUGAAUGUGUUGCCACUGUGGAAAAGCACCGAAGGUCAAUGGAUGAUAAUGCCGCUCGCUAUCUUCUCUUUUUCCGACAGCACAUGCUACGAAGAACCCAAGGAGUUGCUAACAAGGACAGAGUCUCCUGGAGAGAAAUUGUCUGGGCUUUCCAUAGCGGUAGCCAGGAUAUCCUGACCGAUCUUGUGUCAAGACAGUUUAGCGGCAAGAUGGGGUGGAGCUCAGCUAGGGAGAGUGGUAUAUUCAUGUGGCUGGCAGAUCCAAUUGCUGUGCGAGCGCAACUUGAGGUUAUCGCACGGAAUGAAUAUACCAAAACGGAAGAAAAGAACCCGAUUGAUUGUUCCCUGUAUUAUAUUGCACUUCGGAAGAAGAAGAUCCUCCAGGGCCUUUGGCGCAUGGCAACAUGGCACCGCGAGCAAGCCGCCACACAACGUUUGUUAGGAAAUAACUUUGAAGAAGCUCGAUGGAAGACAACAGCACUCAAGAACGCAUUUGCUCUGCUUGGGAAGCGGAGAUUUGAAUACGCGGCCAUGUUCUUCCUUCUUGCAGAUCAUUUGCGUGAUGCUGCGCAUGUGUGUCUGAAUCAAGUCGGUGAUCUUCAACUAGCGAUUGCUAUUACGCGAGCCUAUGAAGGGGAUGAUGGACCGGUGCUGAAGGGGAUUCUGGAAGACAGGGUUCUCCCCGAUGCUGCUGCAGAGGGAAACCGGUGGAUGGCAUCAUGGGCGUUUUGGAUGCUUGGACGCCGUGAUAUGGCUGUCCGAUCAUUGGUUUCUCCUAUUGAAACACUUAUACCCUCAACACCCUCAACACCAGCAAGCCCCAGAUUGGUUCCUUUACAGGCCAAAUCGUAUCUCUCCAACGACCCGGCUUUGGUGGUUCUUUACAAACAACUUCGCGAGAAGACAUUGCAAACCCUGAAGGGGGCAUCGCAGGUCCCUGCCCGAGAGGAAUGGGACUUUGUCAUCCGCAACGCUCGACUUUACGAUCGAAUGGGCUGUGAUCUUCUGGCCCUUGAUAUUGUGCGCCAUUGGGAGUUCUUGGGUGUACCCCCACCGGCCAAGGAUGAAUCGAAGGCCGAAGAGAAUGGAGUGGAUUAUACGAAGCUGCUUCGUCGCCGGAGUAGUCUUGUGGUGGCUGAUCUGCCAAUUCGGGGUGGCCCUGCACAGGAACCCAAGACGCCGGCAGAGCCACCGAAGAAGCCCCAACCGCCACCUACGACGUUCCACGAGCCGGAUGCGAACUCGCUGCUUGAUAGUUUUGGAUUUUGAAUGGGUUAUUGCAUUUUGGUUGAAGCAUGUAGGCGUUGGGUGCAUGUAUGCAUACGUGCAUGGAUGACUUUGCGUUUUUUUUUUUUUUUACUGUUAUUCUACUCUUGUUUGUCUGGGUGGAUCAGUCGAUGCAUCUUGUAUACUACUC